UUUCACUUUCAUUUUGCCGUAAUAUAAAGCCAUCCAUCUUCUAAGCCCUCGCUAAAUGCGGAAAGCAGCUCCUCAUAAAGUCAGAAGAUGAGUUUGAGAUCUACAUGCCUUCACCUUCAAGCAUACUAGCAAUUUAAUCAAGCCGUACGUCUCAAGACAGGAUCAAGACGGGAAGAAAAGGCUUUUUGGUCUGAAAUGAGCUCCAGGGAUAAGUGUGAGGAUCAUGAGAACAGGGGCCGUUUCCCUUCAUCCUCUGUGUAUACAGAGCAUGGCUCUACUUGUGAAGAUAAUUCUUCCAUAAUACCUGAACACUAUAAAGAAGAUGAAUAUCAUGCUGCCUUCAACAAUAGUGCCUCUACGGAGUGUACAAGCAGCGAGAAUAAAACUGCUCCUGAAGAGAGAGUCUCAGCAGAGCCUGAAGAGGGAGCUGCAUCUGUACCCAGUGUUUGUACAAAGAUUAAUCAAGGGGCUGCAGAUGAAACUGCUACUCUGGAUGGUCCUAGAAGUCCUGGUGAGAAGAGCCCCAAGCGGGGUGAGCCUGCACUCUCUGGAAUCAGCUCUGAGAAUCGCAGCGCAGGAGAAACUAAACAAGAAAUGCCUCUGGAAUUGCUGGUAUCUCGCUUAGGAAUGACAGAUUACCUUAAGAGGAAAAAAUUAAGUCUGACUGCUGUCCUAGAGAUCAAUGAAAAAAACAUAAGCCCUACAGAAGAACCCAUUCAGUCCCUGAAUUCAGUAUGUUGGUGGUUUCUCCGAAAACUAUGUAGAGUGAAUGUAAUGGCAAGACAUGUCAGGUGUACCAAUAAUACAGAACUGAAAGGAAACUCAGCUCAGGAUUUUGAUCAGAUUUUGAAUGAGCUACUGGAGUAUGAAGCAAGUGAUGAUAACAUCAACCCUCUUGACCUGAUUACCGCUCUGUUCCUGUGUUCAGACGGCCUCCUUCAGCAGGAGAUGGCUUUAAAAAUGUCUUUGUGCCAGUUUUCAAUUCCACUGCUUCUUCCCAACUGUGAUACUCAGCAGUUCUCUUUGAUGCUGUGGGCCUUGAGGGACAUUGUAAAGAGCUACAGACCUCAUUCCAAGGAGGAGUCCAGAGGAUUUGAGGAGAACAGCAUUGUGCUCACGGACCUUCCUAUGAUCUCUUUUGUUAGACUUGGAAAAAUCAGCAUGUCUAAGUCUCAUAUUUUAAACCAAGUGUUUAGCAAUCCACAGCAGUCCCAUGACACAUUUGUUCAUCACAACAUGAAGAAUGGCAACAUCUCUCGCAAGGUUUCUAAUGGGAUGGUGGAAAUUAGCUGGUAUCUGCCUGGUGGAAAGAGUGACACCUUCACUGAGCCUCUGGCUGUAGCUAAUCUUCGGGGUGACAUCAGCUCCCAUCAAACUGGCUUCAGAUUCCUCUGCCGAACAUCAGCAGCUGUCUUUGUGUUCAUUGAUGACUUCAAGGAAAACAUCAACUUACUGAAACCUCAAGACUCAAAGGCUCCUUUAUUCCUAGUCUGUGAUUCAGAGAAAAUAAGUAUCAAUAAGAAUGAUUUCAAAAACUGUAUUCAUUACCUGAAAUGUAAUACUCAAUUCAUUGUCAUGAAAGGAAUUCAGAUGAAUGAUGCUGAAUUUGUUGACAAACUUCGGUCAACCAUCAAACAAGCUGUUUCAAGUGACUGUGCCAAAAUGAGCAUUGAGAAGAUGUCUGCUGUUGCACGUGAGCUUCAGAUCCUUGUGGAUGAAGACAAUGACCUUUGUCAGAAAGCAAAGCAGAAAGCCGAUGCUAUUACAGCCAGUAUCUCCGACAUUCCUAAGUACAAGCAGGACCAGCUGCCAUUACAGGGGGAUAUCUUAAAGAAACUGGCUAAACUGGAGAAAGAGGAAUGCAGGCUAAAGGAUGCAGGAACAAAAAAUAUUCCGAUGUACAGGAUUGAACUGAAUAAAAAUAAACAAGAACUCAGGAAACAGCAGGUCAGCAAAGACAUUACACCUGCAGUAAACAGUUUCAUCUCCGGUUUAUUAGUCUGCAAAGAGGAACGUGCCUAUUUCCUUAAGUGGAUGAUGAUAAAUCUGGAUAACCUUUCAAAGAAGCAUGUUUUAAGCCUCAAAGAGGUUUACAAGAAGGAACAUGAGGAUGCAAAAAACAAGGAACUUAUACUGGACCUGGAAAACCAGAUGUCCUGUAGCUCCUUGGGUAUAGAACAUUUCCUGAGGGAACUGGGACAGCUCUAUGAGUCUGCCAUCUCCAGAUCAGAACAUUCACACUCAAAACAGAAGAUGCAGAUGAUCAAGGAUUUACCUAAAGUCUGUGCCAAAAUGAUGCUGGAAGGCUUUCCGUUUGAGCUGGUCGAUGGAGAUGCUGCUUACAUACCUCUGAUGUGGGUAUCUGCUGUGCUGAAUGAACUCCGUUCUAUGGAAAAGGACUCAAAGAUCCGAGUCAUCUCUGUGGUGGGAGUUCAGAGCACUGGGAAAUCCACUCUUCUCAAUACCAUGUUUGGGGUGCAGUUUGCUGUCAGCAGUGGAAGGUGCACUAGAGGUGCUUUCAUGCUGCUUGUUCGCGUAAGUGAGGAUUUUAGAGAGCAGCUUGGCUGUGACUUCAUCAUGGUCAUUGACACAGAAGGACUGAGGGCAGCAGCAGUGGCCCAGUUGGCUGACAGUUAUGAGCAUGAUAAUGAAUUAUCUACACUACUGGUUGGACUUAGUGACUUCACAAUUAUAAAUAUUGCCAUGGAGAACUCCACUGAGAUGCAGGAGAUCCUACAGAUUGUAAUUCAUGCCUUUCUCCGCAUGAAAGAAUUUGGCAAAAAAACCCACUGCCUGUUUGUUCACCAGAACGUGGCUGAUGUCGCUGCCCAUGGUAAAAGCGAGAAUGAUAGGAAAAUUCGUCUGGAGCAACUCAACACUAUUACUCAAGCUGCAGCCAAAAUGGAGAGGAAGGGUGAAGUUUUGAAAUUUACAGACAUCAUCGAAUACUCUGACAGGGACAAUUUCUACAUCCCCUCCCUCUGGCAAGGCACCCCCCCUAUGGCAGCAGUCAGUGCCGGCUACAGUGAAUCAGUGGUGCAGAUUAAAAAAUGUUUAAUAGACAUAAUGACAGAUUUAAAGGAAAAGAGACCUGUACAGUCAGUGGAGGAGUUUCAGGAAUGGAUCAGACGCUUAUGGCAGGCAGUGAAAUAUGAGAAUUUCAUUUUCAGUUUCCGCAACAGCAUAGUAGCUGAAGCUUACAGUAAGCUGUGUGAGCAGUACAAUAAGUGGGACUGGGAUUUCCGCAGAAAGAUGCGUGAGUGGAUGGUAAAAGCAGAAACUAAAGUGUUAAACUUUGGUACAGUGACCCAGAGCUCACAGCCAGCAGAGAACAUUGAGAACUUUCUUAUGAAGCAGAAAAAUGAGGUCAUUCGAGAACUGGGAAAAGCUGAACAGCAAUUAAAUGACAACCUGAGUAAAUAUUUUGAAAAUCCAGAGAAUCGUGUUGGCCUGGUGGAGAGAUACAAGCAAGACUUCUUAAACAGCAUCAAAAGUCUGAGGCAGGAAACGGAGAACAAAAUGAUGAGAAGGUUUGAAGAACUUCUGAGAAUUAAAAAGGGGAGGAAUAAAUUGGAGAAGAUUAAGGAAAAUCAAGCUAAAAUGAUGGAGGAGAAAGUGUCUGAGUUACUUGAAAAAUGUAGGAAAUCCAAAGACUCAUUUUCAGAUGAUCAGCUAGAUAAAGAGUUUGAACAGAUGUGGAAUGAUGUUGUAAAUGGGCUGCCAUCCAAAAGCAUGGAGGAACAGAAUGUUAGUGAAGAUAUUUACUUCAUGUUACAUAAAGACCUGGAGAACAGGGGCAGCUCAGCAAUGGAAAUUCUGUCAGAAGUCAGUGAUUUGGAGGAUUGUGGGAGAGAGGCUUUUGUUGUAGAAAUGAAUUUAAGUUCUAGUAAGAUAGAUGGAAAUACGGAAGGAUCUGGAAUGAAAGCAACAAUAGAAUUUAUGAAAACACCAGAACAACUAAUUGAAAAUUGCCAGAAUUUUAUUGCAGAUAAGGUUUCCAGGAAAGCUCAAUUGGAUUAUGACAGCACUUAUGUCAGGGAAAUGUUGAUUAUGAUCAAUGACUAUUUUCAACAAAAUGCGGAGGAUCUGUAUAAAGAUGUAGAGUUGCAAACCAAACUGAAGAUACACAUAUGUGGGAUUGCAGCUAGGGAAUUUCAACAAAUGCACAAGGACUUUAUCCAAAGCAAUGAUCCAUUGCUGUGCCUGGAGAAAGAUAAAGAGCAGUACUACAGAGAUUUUAAGGAUCUCUAUCAUGAGACAGAUCAGGCCCAGAGAAAAGCAGAGGAAUUCACCAAGAAAGGUCUGGAACCUUCAGUCAGGAAGUACAUCACAGAUUACCUGGGUUCAGAUGUUCUGGAGAAAAUGGAGUUUGGACCUACAGGAAUGAAAUUCCGCACCCGCUCCUUCUUCCAGUACUCCAUUCUUGAACAGCUGCUUAAAGAUCAUGAAUUUGAGAAAUUUCGGCAAUUUAUUACAAAUUAUGAAAAAUUUAUCAAGGAUUGGAUUGUUGCUGAGAUGAAAGAUACUUUCUCAGAAAAAGACUGCAAAGUAUCAACCUUGGAGAUUAGGCGCUUAGAGGAGACUGUGUCGGAUAUAAAAAAAUCUAUUCAGGAAGCUAGGAAGAUAUCUGAAGGGAAUAUGGGGGAGCAAAAUAUUCAUAAUUUCAUUGAUAACCUCCACAAACAUUUGGGUGAUAAACUCAUUAUUUCCCCCGAUGCUUUGAAAAAAGUCCAGAUCUUAAACAAUGCCACAAUAGAACGAUUUUCGACAUGGCUAAUAUCAUCUGUAGAGAAUAUGAAAGAGACUCUGAUUUCAGAGUUCCAGAAGGAUGAAGACAUUAGUUCCAAACUUGAGAAGUUACCCUUCAAGCCCCAGGAGGAACUCUUCAGCAGGAUGUUUGGCUGUGGGAAGAUGUGUCCAUUCUGUGAGGUCCCGUGUGAAGUUGAAGGUGAUAAACAUGAUGCACAUUCUGCUUCUUAUCACCGGCCAACAGGAAUCAGAGGAUGCAAAUGGCAAACUUUUGAAAUGUUAUCCACAGAUGUUUGCCCAUACUUAGUUACUAGUGAAAAGAGGUUCACGUCUAGUGAAACUGAAAUUCCCUUUAAAGACAAUAUAAUUCACCCUGAGUGGCACAUAGAGUCUGACACCAGCAUCAAGGCCACAGACUACUGGAAGUACGUCUUUGCACAGUUCAAUGAUCAGCUUGCAGCGAUAUAUGGUGCAAGGCCAGCAUAUCUACCCCCAGACUGGCUUCAGCUGAAAAAAGAAGAUGCAAGGAAUUGUUUGGGUAAAGAAUUGAUGUUCAACAGAAAUACAGCAGUAGUAACUACUUCAAGUUCGUGAGAAUUCAAUUAUUGUUUUUGCUGUGAGCGAGUGCAACUUUAUACUUUGUUUUAAAACAUGCCUGAAUAGUCACAUAUAUUUGAUUGAUUUUUGGAUGUGAUUAUCAUUUUAAGAUAGAAGGAUCUCUGGAUUUUUUUCAGUUGCUUUUAGUCCUGCUAAAACCUUUUAAGUCUUUACAGUAGGAUAAUAAAGUUCAUUUAGCUUCUUCUAAGGAGAUGCAUAAGUUGACAAAUUAGCAUACAUGCAGACAUUGUGUGUGCUUGACACUGCAGAAGAUCGUGUGAGAUCUGCUAUAUCCCAGUGGUGAAAGUUACUGAAAAAAGGGAAGACGUGCUACUCCAAUGUGGACAGAAGUGUGUGAUUCUGAUUUCCGGAAAUUUAGUCCAUUUGGGAAUGAAAUAUAUUCUUUUUCUGUUGCUAGCGGUUUAAUAUCUGAUUUUGUAAGAAGAAUCAUCAAGGCAGCAUUUACUGACUUUGAAAACAAUGCAAUGUUUGCUUGUUUGUGAUUAUUUAAAAUUAGCAACUGCAAUAGGGAAAACUGUUAGACCUCACUGAAUGUGAUGAUAUUUAAAUUUUAGGAAGAGAUGCUUGCUUACAAAACUAUGUUCCAAAUGCAUUAAAUCUGCUGUGAUAUUUUUUGGUAAUUUUACUCAGAUAAUCUUGAUAUCAUUAAACAACAAUAAAGGAACUCUGAUUGGUA